UUAUUUGUCAUCGUCAAUAAAUGAUAAAUACAUUUCGAUAUUUUGUGUCACGAAUUUCUACAAAGUUCUUGAUUAAUGUAGACGUACUGAUUCUAAUGAUAAAAUGAGCGAAACUAAACCGAAAACAUUAUUAAGCCAAACAAUAAAUGGUGAUAAUAAUGAUAAUUCUGAUCUAAAUUCGUCUGAAUCAACAUCAAAUGAUCAAACACAAAAAAUGUCAAACGUACAAAAUGUUAACGGAAAUUCAGUUGUUCUUGGACAACUACCUGAUGAUUUUCUUCGAUUAGAUUCAUCAUCACCGACAAAUCAAACGCGUAGCCAGAUUGAACUUGAUGAAGAAUUGGCUGCCUCACUUCAACGUCAAUAUGAUUCACAAUUAUUGUCACAACAACGUGCCGUAGCCAAUUGGAAUUCAAAUUAUCGUGCUCAUUUGUCCAUAACGUUUGUUGAAGCCCAUCUGAUCAAAAAUUAUGGCUUAAUGAACAUGAGUCCAUAUGUUCGAAUACGUAUAGGUAAUACCAUCUAUGAAACAAGGACCAGUACUCGAGGUGGAAAGAAUCCAAAAUGGAAUGAAACUUGUCGUUGUUACUUACCAAUUGGAUGCGAUACCAUUGCAAUCGAAUUGUACGAUGAUUGUUUAUUCACUCAAGAUGAAUUAAUUGCAUGGGCAACGUAUAAGGUACCGGAAAAUUUUUUACGAUUCACCAGUGAAACACCUGAACAUACAUUUGAAGAACGAAUUGUUUUAUCGGGCAAACAAGGUGAAGGGUUAGAAGGUGAAUUGUUUAUUUCUGUUAAUUCAAAGCCUGUGACGGCCGAAACAUUGCGUACCUAUAUGACGGCACCUGUUUACCAUACUUCACAUUUGCACGGUCCCGGAGUCCUUAUUUCCACUCCACCAAUACUUGCUGCUCCGUUAAUUGUUCAUCAAAGUCCUGUACCUGCUGCAACUUUGUUACCACCAUCUCAACAAACACAGCAUCAAGCUGCUGUCCAGCAACCACCACAACCAAUACAGAUACGCGAUGAAGAUGUUCAAACAUUAAAGGAAAUGUUUCCAAAUAUUGAAAUCGACGUAAUCAAAUCGGUAUUACAAACUGAACGUGGUAAUAUUGAACGUUCAAUUACGAACCUGUUAGAAUUAAAUUCCACUACUUAAACAUCGCAUUUUUCGGGAUUUCAAUUUAAUCUUCCGUGCAUGAAAAACAUUUAUCUUUUGAUUCAAUCAUAUUAUUCGAAUUUUUCUUCCAUUUUUUUGA